AUGGCACAGGGCCCGGCUCCGGAAGGCCAAUACAGAGGGGCAGAGGCAGCGCGAACAGAAACAGAAGAACGUCGGCGGGCGACGGCGACGGCGAUGGCGAGCGAUCCCGUCUCUGCGGCCCCUGCCAGCCCGGCACGCGCCGUCGCGCCGUCGCAUCUGCCUCCGACGACGACGUGCACUCUAUUGUUAUUGGAGGACGGGACAGGCGGAACAGACGGGACAGGCGGAACAGACGGGACAGUCGACUAUCUGGCAGCGGGGCGUUGGGCCGCCUUCCACUCCUCCACGACAGCCCGCGACGACAGCAGCGUAGCGCACGGCGGCCCCGUCAUCUAUUCCAAUUUCCCAGACCCGCUACAGCAUAGCGCGCCAUGCACGGCGUGGAAGGCCUCCCCCUCCCCGCUCGCUCAGCGCUCAGCGCUCAGCGGCAGCGGCAGCCUCACACUCGACGACUCAGCGGACAGCACGACGCGUUUCGCCGGCGCGCCUCUGCAGACCGAAGUCCCCAAGGAUACCGAAGCACCGCAGAGGCGCGCCGAGCACGACAAACACCGCUCGCUUCCCGCACGCACGUCCCCGCACGUCCCGCGCCGGCCCCACCUCCCCUCUUCCUCCAAUCGCCACGCACACGCACACGCACACGCAUGGAAGGCUGCAAACGGACAGGGACAGACAACAGCCACAGCCGCACGACGCGCACCACGACCGUCUCACCCACCCACCCUUCGCAACGCGCGCGCACCACGCUCCAUCGCCCCAUCGCCCCAUCACCCCAUCGCCCCAUCACACCCUCCCGCCGUCGCCGCCACGAUAGACGGCACGCGCGGCACCUUCCGCAACUGGAAACUCCCCGCCCUCAUCCCCGCCCUCAUCCUCAUCCCCAUCCUCCCGUCUCCACGCACCGACCCGUCCCCCGCGUCCGCAGCCAAGACAAAGAUGCCUCCGCCCGUCCUGUUUACAUCCGCCCGGAGCUAUCGUGCGCCGUCCCCGGUGAGGAAUCCACUCCGUCGCCCCGCUGCCUCGCGCAGCUCACUUCCAUUCCGCGGAGUCUGGCACUCAUAUCUCCUUGUGCGGAACCUGGAGCGCUGA